UGCUAAUCUUUGUUUGGGAAACUACCAAGAGAAUCUGAAUGGGCUUGGCCCAUGUUCUCCAAGCGUCCUUCCUUAUAACAAAACAGUCCUUUAAGCAGUGAGCCUAGCAAAUCAAAAUCUACCCCAACGCAAAAGCAUGGAAACAAUAAGCACCCCUCUCUUAUCUCUUCCACAUCACCUAACUCCCCAAACUGUCAAUAGCAACCAUGACCAACCUGUUCUUUCAUUUAUCGAUCGAUGCACCAAUUCAAACCAACUCAAGCAAAUCCAUGCCCUAAUGAUCCGUACAGGCCUUUUCUUUGACCCAUACUCCUCUAGCAAACUCUUUGCAGCGUCCGCCCUGCUGCCUUUUUCAAGCUUGGAUUAUGCUCGUAAGGUGUUCGAUCAAAUUCCCAAACCGAAUCUUUACACCUGGAAUACCCUCAUUCGUGUUUAUGCUUCGAGCCGUGAACCCAUCCAAGGACUUUUGAUCUUUCUAAGAAUGUGUAAUGAGAGUCCCUAUUACCCCAAUAAAUUCACUUUUCCUUUCGUGAUCAAGGCUGCCGCGGAGAUUUUCAGUUUAUCUGUUGGCCAGGCUCUUCAUGGGAUGGUGAUUAAAGCCUCACUAGGGGCAGAUGUUUUUAUUUCAAAUUCUUUGAUACAUUUGUAUUUUUCGUGUGGGUAUUUGGAUUCAGCUUAUGGGGUGUUUAUGAUGAUUGGUGAAAAAGAUGUUGUAUCUUGGAAUUCAAUGAUCACAGGUUUGGCACAAAUGGGUCGUGCUGAAAAGGCUUUGGAGCUUUUUAGAAUAAUGGAGGCCGAGAGUGUGAAGCCGAAUGAUGUGACAAUGGUGGGUGUUUUAUCGGCUUGCACGAAGAAGUUGGACUUGAAGUUUGGUAGAUGGGUGUGUUCAUAUAUUGAAAGGAAUGGGAUACAUGUGAACUUGACUUUGAGUAAUGCAAUUCUCUAUAUGUAUAUGAAAUGUGGGAGUCUUGAAGAUGCAAAAAGAUUGUUUGAUAAGAUGGAGGAGAAGGAUAUUGUCACAUGGACAACCAUGCUUGAUGGUUAUGCUAAAUUAGGAGAGUAUGAGGCAGCAAGGCGAGUUCUUGAUACCAUGCCUAGGCAAGAUAUUGCCGCAUGGAAUGCCCUUAUAUCUGGUUAUGAACAGAAUUGGAAGCCAAAGGAGGCUUUGUCCAUAUAUCAUGAGUUGCAACAGAGCAAGAUUGCUAAACCUGAUGAGAUCACUCUUGUUAGCACUCUAUCAGCUUGUGCUCAAUUAGGAGCCAUGGAAAUAGGUGAGUGUAUCCAUGCCUACAUUAAAGAGCAGGAGAUUAAGUUAAAUUGUCAUCUUACAACCUCACUCAUCGAUAUGUAUUCUAAAUGUGGAGAUAUAAAGAAGGCACUUGAGGUCUUUUAUUCUGCAGAGAGGAGGGAUGUGUUUGUUUGGAGUGCAAUGAUUGCUGGUUUGGCAAUGCAUGGACAAGGGAGAGCUGCAAUAGAUUUGUUCUCUAGCAUGCAAGAAACUACAAUCAAGCCCAAUUCUGUGACUUUUACCAAUGUUUUAUGUGCUUGUAGCCAUGCAGGGUUGGUGAAGGAGGCCAAAACCUUUUUCAAUCAGAUGGAGCCAGUUUAUGGGAUUCCACCUGAGAUCCAGCACUAUUCUUGCAUGGUCGAUAUACUCGGUCGUGCGGGCCUCUUGGAAGAAGCUGUUGAAUUUAUUGAGAAAAUGCCAAUAGUUCCUAGUGAUUCUGUAUGGGGGGCUCUGCUUGGAGCUUGUCAAAUUCAUGGAAAUGUUGAGCUUGCUGAACUGGCUUGUGGCCAUUUGCUUGAAUUGGAUCCUGGAAACCAUGGAGCUUAUGUUCUUUUAUCUAAUAUAUAUGCCAAAACUGGGAAAUGGGAUAGUGUUUCUAGAUUAAGGAAGCACAUGAGAGUGACUGGGCUAAAAAAAGAACAAGGUUGUAGCACCAUUGAGGUCAAUGGAGUCAUUCACGAGUUUCUGGCGGGAGAUAACUGUCAUCCUCUUUCCGGAGAAAUUUACUCAAAAUUGGAUGAGAUUGUGAUGAAAUUAAAAUCAGUUGGUUAUGUACCCAAUAAGUCCCACCUUUUGCAACUUAUUGAAGAGGAUGAUAUGCAGGAGCGUGCUCUUAACCUUCACAGUGAGAAGUUAGCAAUUGCAUUUGGAUUACUUUACGGGAAAGCAUCUCAGCCAAUCCGAAUUAUAAAAAAUCUUCGUGUCUGUGGAGACUGUCACUCAGUUGCUAAGCGUGUAUCCAGGCUUUAUAAUAGAGAGAUAAUACUAAGAGAUCGGUAUCGAUUCCAUCAUUUUAGUGGAGGACAAUGUUCAUGUAAGGAUUACUGGUGAAUGUUACAUAACUACAUGCAAUGGAAAUCACUCCUCAAGUAUCUAAUCAUGAAACUCUUGUUAGUUUCAUUAAUGCUAAGCUUUCCGGUUUCUUAUGAUUGAGAGAUAACUGAAUUUGUUUGGUUCAGUUUUGUCACUCACUUUCGCUUGGGUUGGAACUAGUCCUAUGGUUUUCCCAACUAAAACAAUUGUUUUAACAUGUAUUUCAAAAUGGGAUCUUGUUUAGUUUAUCUAAAUUUCCAGCUUGACAUUUCCAAUAAACUGCAAAUAGGAGUUGGGGUACUCGGAAACUGAAGGAACUGAAAUGCAUAGAACAGGAAGGUAAAAUCUCUUGUUUUCUAUUAACUAUGAACUUCCCUUGAAGUAUGUUUACACUGACUACCAAGUAGUGGUUCUUGGUUUACUCUGCAAUCUAAAAGUGGUCAAAAGCCAUUCAUGUAAAAAUUUAGUUGCAAAAGGAGUGCUCCUUUGGGGAACAAUUUCUCUUGGUGAGCUAAGAUC